CAGAAUGAUAGAAACUUUCAUUCUUGCUCUUGCCUUGACCUGCGGGUCGGUAAGGGCUCAAAGAGGAUGUGACAGCAAGGCAGAUGUAACAUUUCUAAUAGACUCGUCAGGAAAUAUAGGGCAACGGAAUUUUGAAAAGCAAAUUGGUUUCGUCAAAGAUACCAUGAACAGAAUGGAAGUUGCGCCAGAUAAAGUUCAAGUUAGUGCCGUGACAUUUGGAAAUACUGUUUCAAGUAAAUUUUACUUGAAUCAGUUUUCAAAUAACACGUUCGUACAAAAUGCUCUUCUGAAUAUUCCGUAUUCAGGCGGGCAGGUUAAGAUGGUAGACGCCAUCCGGUACGCGACAACGACGGCGUUCAGUCCUUCUCACGGAGGGCGGGGCGAUGUUCCUCACGUGGUGGUGCUCCUAACCAAUCAACCUUCAGGGUCAAUUGACAUGAUAAAAUUAGCAUCACAGACGGCACGAGAUAAUGGAUUAAUACUGUAUACGGUGGGGAUUGGGAACGGUGUAGACACGAACGAACUAAAGGCGAUCACGUCUGAUCCGGAUUCCAGACACUUGUUCACAGCACAGAACUUUGACGCUCUAACAAGUCUCUCAGAUCUUCUGGCAACAAAAAUUUGCAACGAAUUGCCUCCCAACCCUCACCUCCUGCCUGUCCCUACAGGCUGUCUUCAGAGAGCGGAUCUUGUAUUUAUGGUUGACUCAUCUAGCAGUGUUGGCAACGCUAAUUUCCAAAAACUGGAACAUUUUCUUAAGGAUGUUGUAUCCAAGAUCGACGUCGCACCAAACAAAGUACAGGUUGGUGUUGUCAAGUACGGAAGCUAUCCUUCGGUGGAAUUUUCUCUUGGACAACAUGUGACUAGACCGACGGUAAUGAAAGCCGUAGAAGGAAUGACAUACCUUGGAGGUGGAACUAACGACGCCGACGCCAUACGUUAUACGGGGCAACAGGUAUUCAACCAGAACAGCGGAGCUCGCGGGGACGUGCCAAGAAUAGCCGUGCUCAUCACCGACGGGGGAUCUGCUGAUCCUGCUGCUGCGAUUGCCGCUGCACAGAAAACGAGAACAGAGAAUAUAGGAACAAUCGUCGUCGGCGUCGGGAAUAAUAUAAACAAAGCGGAACUUAGCAGAAUUGCUGAUUCUCCGUCAACUGAGAACAUGUUAACCGUCCGUUCCUACGAUAAUUUGGACAGCAUCACAAACAAACUGAUUGAACAAAUGUGCAAAGUGAAAGCGACACAGACCUCGCUCACCACAAGUUCCCCGGGCGAUAAGCUACCUGUUGACCCGUGCCACGAUAAAACAAAUAACUGUGACCAGUAUGGAAGCGAUGUGUGCACCAACUAUGGACAAUGGGCACGUGUAAAUUGUGCAAGGACUUGUGGCUUUUGUACACCUCUUUAUACAAUAGCGCCCCCAAAAUGUUCCGAUUCUUCGUCCAGCUGUGCAAGUCAAAGCCUAACGGAUUGCUCAAAGACCGGUUCCUUUGUCCAGUUAAAUUGUCAGAAGUUUUGCGGGUUGUGCACGGCGAACACGAGCAGCACGGGAUACUAUGGAAAAUGUUCAUACAAAGACAAGACCUACAACACGGGAGAGAAGUGGUUAGACGGCUGCGAUUAUGAAUGUAUUUGUGAAGACGGCAACACUGGCAGAUACAAAUGUAACAACAGAUGUCCUGUAUAUCGCAAUUUACCAGAGGACUGUACCCUUACAUCACAGUCAGGCAGUUGUUGUUUACAACCAGUGUGUAACUUUAACCCUACCAUUAAUGUUCAACAAUCUAGCGGCCAUGCUGUCACAUCCAGUGGAAUUGAUGUAUGUGUAUAUAGAGCGAAGCAGUUCUUCCAGCGACAGAGUUGGCGUGAUGGAUGCGACUAUCAGUGCACUUGCACUAAUGCUACAGCUGGACUGUAUCAGUGUGAUGACCUGUGUCCAGUAUACAGCAGCAUCCCACCUUACUGCCAUCUAGAACAACCAGUCGGUGAAUGCUGUAAGAAACCUGUGUGUGAGUUUAAUACCCAGUCUGGCAGUUUUACAGGAUAUGGCUCUAUAAGUGGUUAUGGAAUAGCCAAAACUCCAUCACAACAGCCAGUAUGCAGUGAUGUGGAUGCUAAAUGCAGUGAAUAUGGUAAAGAUGUUUGUGUGUCAUACAGAGGAUGGGCGGUAAACAACUGCAGGAAGUUCUGCAAUAUGUGUGAUGAAGGACCCGUUGCUUCAGGACCAAAUGAUCAUUGUGUAUAUGGCGGAAUAGUGUACAGUCAAGGUGAUUCCUGGAAUACGUCCUGUGAUACCGUGUGUACAUGUGAGAACGCUGCCUAUGGAUACUACAGAUGUAAUAAUAUAUGUCCAUCUUACAACAACUUGCCAAGAGGUUGCCAUGUAGUGAAGAAAUCUGGUGAAUGUUGCCCAGUAGUUCAAUGUCAGGAUGGAUACUUCUUUUCCUCAUCCACAAACCUCGGUUCCCUAGCUAACGGCUUGGCUCUAAGUGUUUCUAACCCUCCAGCAGGAAAAACACCAGUGCAGCCAACUUUACCAUCAGGGGAGGUGUUGCCACUGGGAGCUGGUAGUGCAGGCUUUACGGCACCAACAAUCAAUGGAUGUUUAUAUAAAGGACAGUUGUACAUUCAGGACCAGGCUUGGGAAGAUGGAUGUGAAUUUUCUUGUAUCUGUAAGGAUGCCAGCACAGGACUUUAUUCAUGCAAACACAAAUGUCCAAGCUACCCAGCACUGCCAGCCUCAUGUCAGCUGGUGAGAGAUGUCAAUGAUGAAUGCUGCCAGUCACCACAGUGUGGACCCGAUCCUGUCACCCACAAGGUUCCGGUCCCUCUGCCAGUGUUCAGACCAGCAGCUCAGACCCACAAUGCAGUGAAGCCACCAAGUGUGACAGAUACUGACUAUGGCCACUAUACAAUGACAGUCUACCUGGCACAGACAGGAAUGACACCCCCUCGGCCUACAGCACCCCAGCUUGUACCUACAGGAGGUAUAGGCUUUUGUACAUACAAUGGUAAACAAUACCAACAAGGUGAAUUGUGGGAAGAUGGCUGCAACUUUAACUGUAUAUGUGAAGAUGCCAGCAAGGGACACUAUAAUUGCUUGGAAAAAUGUGUACACUAUGAUGCUCUACCAGAACAUUGUUACCUGAAAACAGACCCAGCCAAUCCCUGCUGUGACAUACCCGUCUGCAACAUCCCUGUUAAUUUUGGCGGCCAUUUUGGGGAGGUUACAACAACGCUUAAACCAAAGGGAGAUUACUGUGUAUAUGAGGGACAAAAAUACCUGCAAGGACAGACAUGGUACGAUGGCUGCAGUUAUAGGUGUACAUGCGAGGAUGCUGCCAACAAUAUCUACAGAUGUCUUAGCAGAUGUCUGGAGUAUGAAAAUGUGGCAGAGAGUUGCAGAUUUGUGCCAGACCCGCGGGAUCCAGGGUGUUGUAUGAUGCCAGAAUGUCCAGUUACAGGGUCACCUAAUCCCUACCCAACACCUGCAAUACCUGGAAAAUAUAAUGGUCAUAGCAUGACCACAGGUUUCUGUGAGUACAAGGGCUCUCACUACAGUCAAGGUCAGAAAUGGAAUGAUGGAUGUGAACUGAACUGUGAAUGUACAGAUGCUCAGUCAGGAUUUUACAGAUGUACAGAGACGUGUCCCCGUUACCCACAACUUCCAGCUUAUUGUGAUUUAGUCACUGAUUUUACAAAACCUUGCUGUAAGACAGUUAGGUGUAAGAUACCGUCAUCUACAGCAGCUAUCACAGGAAGUAUGACCUCCAGCACCAUGCGUGUACCUACCCCAAUGCCCUCUGGACAGACCCCUGUCACCCCUUCGACAAUCAAUGGAUCAUACCCUGUACCUCACUAUAAAUACUGUGUAUACAAGCAAGUUCAGUAUAACCAAGGUCAGACAUGGAAUGAUGGUUGUGACUAUACCUGUAGAUGUGAUGAUGCUGUCAAGGGACUUUAUACAUGCAGUCAGAGAUGUGCAUCCUAUGGUACAGUUGCUGAUGGUUGUCAAUUAGUCACUGAUCCCGAGGAUUCUUGCUGCCUGGUUCCCUACUGCACUCCACAGCCUCGGUCAACAAGCCUUCCAAUCUCUGGAUCACCGGUACCCACACCAUACCGAAUACCUACACCAAAGCCAGGAACCAUUACCGGAACAGCGAACAGACCAACACUGAAACCAGAUAUUAUUCUUCCACCACUUAAUUAUUGUGAGUACAAAGGUCACCAGUACAAACUGCAUGAGAAAUGGGAUGAUGGUUGUGAAUGGACUUGUGAGUGUGUUGAUGACAAGAUUGGAAAAUAUGCUUGCACAGAGAAAUGCCCGCCACAUGUGAACUUGCCAUCAAACUGUCGGCUGGUAAGGGAUGCUGCCAACCCCUGCUGUAAAAUCCCCACCUGUAGCCCCACACCAUCUCCCCCAACAACAAAAGGACCAGGACUUCUGCCCAUGGCUACAGUACCAACACAGAGACCACAAAAAGUGUGUAUAUACAAGGGUAAGACAUAUACACAAGGUCAGCAAUGGUAUGAUGGUUGUGACUAUAUAUGUACCUGUGAGGAUAGCGUGAAAGGUGUUUACACGUGUAAUGACAGAUGUCCCAGUUUUCCACCUCUGCCUGCAGAGUGUACUUUGGUUCCUAGCCCAAGUGACGCAUUAUGCUGCAAGGAACCAAAAUGUAUUUUUCCGCAUACUACCAAUGAUACAACUGGGUUCUUUACCCCACCAACUUUGCCAACAGGUGUUGUUACUGGUGGGCGAGCAUCACCACCUACACGAUUAACAGUCUCACCAUUACCUUUGUCUGUACAGCCGUCAGGAAUGACAAUUUCGCCAACACCGGCUGGUUCCACUGUUAGUCCGCCAUAUGUAGUAGGGGUUUCAACACCUUCAGGAUCCACAUUCUUCCCACCAUCACCGUCAACUGUAUCACCAACACCAGAACCAAUGUGUGUCUACAAGAAUCACUUCUACCAACAAGGACAGACAUGGCAGGAUGGAUGUGAAUAUAAAUGUGAAUGCCUCAAUGCCGCUACUGGCCGGUACAAAUGUACACCAGUAUGUCCAGUAUAUCCCCCGGUGCCAUCGAACUGUAAUAUGAUAACAGACCCCUAUCAACCAUGUUGUAAGAAGCCGUACUGUCGAAACACCCCGCCACCAAUCCAAACAAUGACACCAUAUCCUGAGUGGUAUUCAACGCAUUCUCCAACACCUCCGGUCACUCCCGCUUAUUGUGUUUACAAUGGUGCACCAUUCAGUCAGGGACAGCAGUGGAAUGAUGGUUGUGACCUUCAGUGUAUAUGUCAGGAUGCAACAAAUAACAUUUACAAAUGUAGAGACAGAUGUAACACAUACGAUGUUCCACCUGGAUGUACACUGAUGACAGAUCCGAGAGACGCAUGCUGCAAAGUACCAGAUUGUAACAUACCAGUACCGGCUACCCCAGGACCAAUGCCUCCAUACCAGUGGCCAACCCCUCCUUCACCAGGAACGGGACCAACUCCUGCAUAUACUGGAGCAUUCACCCUAUCACCGACCCCAUCUGGACCCCCUACACCAGUUUCUGUUACUGGGAAGUUUGAUGUGUACUCAGUAGCUGGUAACAGAAGUGGUUGUGUGGAUCAAGGGGCUACAUAUAAAGUUGGGGACACAUGGCAGCAGGGCUGUAGAUAUAACUGUAAAUGCCUGGAUAGUGCUGGGAGAUACCAGUGUACAGACAGAUGUCCAGUAUAUAUGAACCUACCAACAACCUGCAGACUGGAAAUAGACCCAAAAGAUACAUGUUGUAAAGUUGCCAUCUGCCAAACACAACCACCUACACCACUGGCAUACAGCUCCAGCCAGUCCCCCUCCACUCCAAGGAACUAUGGAUCAACACCUAAUAAAUAUGGAUCAACUCCUAGUAACUAUGGAUCAACACCUAAUAACCAUGGAUCAACACCCAAUAACUAUGGAUCAACACCCAGUAACUAUGGAUCAACACCUAAUAAAUAUGGAUCAACACCAAAUAACUAUGGAACAACCCCAGUUAGCCAUGUUCCAUCACCAAGCAGCCAAAGUACUAUAAGUCCACCAACUCCUCUUCCAACUGUAAGAGGUUGUAUUAUGGAUGGUAGACAUUAUGUAUCAGGACAGACGUGGUACAAGGACUGUAGUCAACAAUGUGUGUGUGAAGAUGGCAGCACUGGUCUCUAUAGAUGUAAUGAUAGAUGUGCAAAGUAUGAUACGAUACCAAGCAACUGCACACUGGUUCCCGAUCCAAGUAACCCUGCAUGUUGCAAGGUACCACAGUGUAUUCCAUUACCGGUUCCUGGCACAGCAACACCUACUGGUCCCCCAGUCACAGUGACAGGAGUAACUGGAAAAAUUACAGGAACACUGCCACCAGGUGUUAAUGGAAACAGGAGUACGUGUGUUUACCAAGGUAGAAUGUAUACACAAGGUCAAAAAUGGCAGGAUGGGUGCCAGUAUAACUGUAUCUGUACAGACGGAAAAACUGGGAAAUAUGAAUGUACACAAAGGUGUGCAGCAUUCCCGAUUGUUCCACCCCAGUGUACCAUGCAGAGAAAUUUGUCAGAUAUAUGUUGCCUCAGUCCUGUCUGUGACUUCAGUAAAACACCAACACCAUUUCCUCCACUGGUAUCCCAGGCACCAAACACAAGCUCACCUGUAGUACAGCCACCGUUACCAACAACAUUCUGUGUGUACAUGGGCGUGGCUUACAAGCAAGGACAGACCUGGGAUAUCGGCUGUCAGAAAAAGUGUCGGUGUGAUGAUUCUGACAAUAAUAUUUACACAUGCUUUGACAGAUGUAAAACAUAUAAAAGUCUGGGUCCAGAUUGUAUAAUGAUUGCAGACCCAAAUGAUGCCUGUUGCCAAAUACCUAAAUGUUUUAAAGUUCCAACACCAGCUCCAUCUACAGGACAUUAUCAGAGCCCAACACCAAAUGGAUAUUCAAGCCCCACACCAUCAGGGUAUUCUGGCCCAACACCAAAUGGAUAUUCAAGCCCCACACCAUCAGGGUAUUCUGGCCCAACACCAAAUGGAUAUUCAAGCCCGACACCAUCAGGGUAUUCUGGCCCAACACCAAAUGGAUAUUCCAGCCCAACACCGGGAUAUUCCAGCCCAACACCUGGAUAUUCUGGCCCAACACCUACAGUAUGUUCAAAUCCUGUGCCAACUGCUGUACCUGGAGUGAUUAUGGGAAGUCCAUUGUUAGACCCAAGAACUGGAGCCCUGUCUGCAAACAUAGGUUAUUGUGAGUAUAAGGGCUCCCAGUACAAGCAGGACGCCACUUGGGAAGACGGCUGUUCAUACGUCUGUACAUGCAUUGAUGCAAACAGUGGACAGUACCAGUGCCAGGAAAAAUGCCCACGUUAUGUGGACCCACCACCGUACUGUAAGAUGGUUCAGGAUCCUGCCAACAAGUGCUGCAUGAAACCCUCGUGCAAUGCCUGUCCACAAACACCUACACCACAGACAUACACACCAGUGUCUGGAUUAUACCCUCCUACUCCAACGCCACCCCCAUGUUUGUGUGUUAUGAAUGGUAAACAAUACAGUGAAGGACAGAAGUGGUAUGUUGGUUGUGACAAAAUGUGUGUGUGUGAUGAUGGAUCAGCUGGGAUAUACAGCUGCUAUGAUAGAUGUCCAAGUUAUCCAAUGCAAGCUGGUUGCACAAUGGUUCCUGAUCUUAGAGACCCAGUAUGUUGUCAGGUACCAAGUUGUCCGGGAGGAACUGUUGUACCAAUUUAUGGAAAUACCACAGGAUUCGGAACUGCCCCACCACCAACAGAUUUCAGUGUGGUACCCAGCUCCAGUAUACCUCCAAGCCCUGGAAUGGUUCCCAACUCCAGUAUCCCUCCAAGUCCUGGUUUGGUGUCUGGCUCCAGUAUCCCUCCAAGCCCUGGUAUGGUAUCUGGCUCAACUGUUUCUCCUAGCCCCAAGAUGACUUCCACUUUGAAACCAGGAUUCAGUGUUACUACAAGUGCAAGUAUUAAACCAGCUGUGGAAGUAUGUGUGUACAAGGGUAACAUGUAUGGUCAAGGUCAGAGAUGGCAAGAUGGCUGCCAGUACGACUGUACCUGUGAUGAUGCAAAAACUGGACACUUCCAUUGUACAGAUAGAUGCCCCAGAUACCCGAAUCUUCCUGCAACCUGUCAACUGAUACAUGACCCCAGCAACCCUUGCUGCCAGAAACCAGUCUGUCCUCCAACACCACUUCCUGCAACAGUUGGCCCUGAUGGCAAGACCCCGACAAUCAGUCCAUUCCCGACACCACCAACAGAGUUCUGUGUAUACCAGGGUGUUCCACUGAGACAGGGUCAGACAUUCAACCAGGGUUGUGACAAAAUAUGUAAAUGUGAGGAUGCUAAAAUGGGCAAAAUCACGUGCACUGACAGAUGCCCAACAUAUCCGGCCCUGACCCCUAACUGUACCCUAGUCACAGAUCCAAGGGAUGAAUGUUGCCAGGUACCGUACUGUAUAGACAAGGGGAACAACUCUACCAGCAUCACUGGGGUGCCAGGAGCAGUGUAUGGUUACAGUUUGCCAGUCAAAAACCAAUAUACUGGUGUAAGAAAUGGAUGUGUAUACAAUGGCAAAGUGUACAGUCAGGGACAGAAGUGGGAUGAUGGAUGCACAUACACUUGUGAGUGUCUAGAUAUGUCAACUGGUCAGUACAGAUGUACUCAAAUCUGUCCCCGUUACCCACCAUUACCAUCAUAUUGUGCUCUAACACAAGAUCCAAGCAACAAGUGCUGUCAGAAACCAUACUGUCAACAGCAACCAACACCAACUGUCAACCCGUCAGUUUCAUCAAACACAACACUGUCGCCACCGCAAAAUGUAUGUGUAUACAAAGGAAGUACGUACCAGGAAGGACAACUGUGGUAUGAUGGCUGUAACUCUGUUUGUCGGUGUGAUGAUUCUAGCAAAAACAUAUACACGUGUAAUCAAAGAUGUGCAAUGUAUGCUACUAUCCCACAAGGCUGUGUGAUGGUUCCUGACCCGAAAGAUCCCUCAUGCUGCCAGGUACCAAGUUGUCCAAUCCCUCCAAAACCAACCAUUGGUAUAGUGACUGCUCCUCAACCUACAGGAACUAUAACAGGAGUGAGACCAACAUCAUCUGUUGGAACAGGCACAGCAUCAAACAAAGCAGGUUGCAUGUACAAAGGAACACUUGUCUACCAGGGACAGAGAUUUGAUGACGGUUGUGAUUAUUCAUGUGAAUGCCUUGAUAAUGCCACAGGAAAAUACAGAUGUGAUAAAAAAUGUUCAGAAUACACAUCACUUCCCAAGGAGUGCAUUCUGGUGCAGGAUCCGAAACAGCCCUGCUGCCAAGUGCCAUACUGUGACUUCAUCAAUCCGACACCAUUUCCGACCGGUUACCCUACCCCGCCCCCUCAGGUCUCCCCAACGCCACAGACAAACGUGAUUGUGGUAGCUCCCUACAAGGAACCGCCCAUUCAAAGCUACAGUAAACAGGGUUACUGUGUAUAUAAGAGUGUAUACUACUCUCAAGGUCAGACAUGGUUUGAUGGUUGCGAUCUGAAAUGUACUUGUGAAAAUGUCACUACAGGCUACUACAGUUGCUCUCAAAGAUGUCCACUUUUUCCACCUUCAUCUUGUCCUCGGAGAGCCGACCCUUCAGACUCGUGUUGUUUGAUACCAGACUGUAACACUGGUAAAAUCCCUGCCACAGUCUAUCCACCAGGAUAUGGUCAAUCUACAGUGAAUCCAGUUAUCAAACCAACACCAGUAACUGGUGGCUACAUCAUUGGACGUGGACUGGUACCGUAUCAGACUGGUUCUGGCUUCACAGGAUCAACUCCUGCUUGUAUAUAUAAUGGUCAAGUCUACAAACAGGGUGAUACAUGGACAGAUAGAUGUAAAUAUAAUUGUGAAUGUAUAGAUGCAACGCAUGGACAAUACAAGUGUACAGAAAGAUGUCCACGAUACCCUAACCUACCAGCUCAGUGCUACUAUAAGCAAUCAAGCAAGGAUGUAUGUUGCCAGGAAGCAGAAUGUAGAGUGUAUGGGUCUACAACUGUCACACCUUCAACUGUCUCACCAACUGCAAAGUUUACAGUUAAACCAACACCGACUGUCUCAUCUACUACAAAGCCAGCACCAAGUCUGUGUGUUUAUUACAAUGGAAAGACUUACACACAGGGUACAGUAUGGCAGGACAGCUGUGCUGAAUGUAGAUGUGAAAAUGCCACUGCCAAUUCUUACACCUGCAACCAAAGGUGCCCAAUAUUUGUGGGUCUGCCAUCUUUUUGCACCCUUAUCAGUGACCCCAAUGAUAAAUGCUGCAAGAAGCCCAGUUGUUCACCAACCAAUGGACUUACCCUCACCCCUCUGACCGGCAAUGCCACCUACCCUCCGACCUCCCUCAGCGUACUACCUGUUGGGACACAUCAAGUGUUCAGUGGUAAUGGUAGACCCAUCGGUGGAUCAGGGUCCAUUAUUGGAGGCAGAAAUGUAUGUGCAUACAAGGGAAUAGUUUACGCACAGGGUCAGUCAUGGGAAGAUGGAUGUGACUUUGUAUGUUCCUGUGAGAAUGGCGUUACCGGCAUGUAUAGAUGUGCCGCUAAAUGCCCACACUAUCCAAACCUGCCAAGUUAUUGCAAGUUAGUCGCAAUACCUGGUCGGUGUUGUUCCAACAUUGUCUGUGAUAUACCGGGAUAUGGAAUAUACAAGCCCGGAAUUCAGCUAACAAACUCAUCAUGGUCAAACUACAGUGCAGGAAUGGGCGGCAACAAUACGGUUAUUUCAAUUCCUGGCACCAUAGGAUUUGUUGGUGGUUCUAGGUACCCAGGUGGAGGUUAUUAUUUGCCAAAUGCAACCAAACCAAACGUCCUGGUUGAUCUCAGAGGACAUUUGUUUGUUAGCAGCCUCAUUUGCCGUCAGAUUAACGAAAUUAUUAUUCGAGCAAUAAUUUGCCCAGUUUACAGUCGUCUUCCAUCAAACAUCUGCUACCUUCAGAAGUUUGAUGGUCAGUGCUGCUCUGAACCAAGAUGCCUGGAUCGCGAAUUUGGUGUGUAUGUAAAUCCUUUCAACAGUUCGAAAGAAUUCCCCGUCGUUGGAACGUUCUCUGGAGGAUUUUCUGGAUUCAGACCGUUAGCAUUCCCAGGACAUAAGGAAGUCAUUGGAUCACAUAAAAGUGGCUGCUACUACAAAGGGUCAUUGUAUAACGAAGGUGAUAAAUGGGAAGAUAACUGUGAUUUCUCCUGUACCUGUGUUAACCAGACAUCCGGGCUUUACUCCUGCCUGCCAAAGUGCCCCACAUACACCAAUUUACCACAGAUGUGUAGAUUAGAAGCUAACACAGGAAGUUGUUGUAAAGAAGUUGUGUGUGACCAUCAGCUGCCUAUAGGGCCCACACAUGCUGCAGUGACCAACACCAAGCCCCCAACACAGUGCCCUGGACUGAACCCUUACUGCUAUGAUAGGAUAAAUAACUGUAGAGAUUAUGGAACCCAGGCUUGUGGAAGUCCAUAUGUAGCAUGGGCACGCAGAAACUGUCCGUUUACCUGUGGAUUCUGUGACUGCUCUGAACAUGGCUCUUCAUUGCAAGUUUGUGAAGACAAGCUCAAUAACUGUAAAGACUUUGGCAAGGGCUCGUGUACUGGUAUCUAUGAAUCUUGGGCCAGAGAUAACUGCAAACAGUUCUGCGGGUAUUGUCCAACUACGCCCUCUGUCUCAAACACAACACCCAUACAAACAACCCCAGGUGCUCCUGUUUGUGAGGACAACUUAAGCACAUGUUCCUUACUGGACCCCGGCUACUACUGUGUGGGAGAGUUUCUGCAGUAUGGCUAUGAUAACUGCCGGAAAACAUGUAACCUCUGUUCCACAACUACCAUAGCAACAACUACCAUAGCAACUCCUACAUCUGUAGUUUCCACAGCAGGUAUUUUAGUAUCAAGGGAGACAACUACAAGACAGACUACAACAACCCUCAGACCUGAAGAAGCAUGCAACUUUAAUGGACACCUGUAUUCCAAAGGACAGACAUGGAAUAGUGGUACCAAGAUAUGUACAUGUGAAGACCCUUCUGUUGGUUACUACAAGUGUACUGACAGAUGUCCGGACUAUCAGACCUCCGGUAUUCCGCCUGUAUGUCACAUUGUAAAAGUUCAAGGUCAAUGUCCUACCGUGCAGUGUCCAGCUGGUGUGACCUUUAAACCACAAAAUAUUACAGUAACUGUCCCAGGAUUAUGUGAAUACAAGGGACAAUAUUACUCACAAGAUAUGACAUGGGAUGAUGGCUGUAGACAGACCUGUACAUGUACAGAUGCUUCAAGUGGUCUUGCUACAUGUAGAUCUCUAUGUCUGAACUUCAAUUCACUGCCAAGCAUAUGUCACUUAGAUGACCCGCCACAGGGGAAGUGCUGCAUGCAACCGAAAUGUCCAGAGAAUGUAUUUAUACCAAUCCCGAUAGCCUACAAAGAUCAGUACCCGGGAUAUCAGUAUGUGUGAAAUCUGAUGGAACUCAUUUCCAAGCAACAGAAUAAUAAAUAAUUGGCUGAAAAAUUUGUAUUUGUUAUAUUUUCUAGUUUAACUCUGCCAUAGGAAUUAAAGAGACCCUUCAAUGCUCUUUCUGUACAAAU